GUAUUCGAUCAUCUCCCGCCCCUCACGUGACAUUUCUAUUUCAUUUUCUCCCCCCAUUUUUUCACUCUGGUUCUACUCUCUCUCUAGAGUCGAGACCAUCUUUCUCUCUCUAGAAUCCAAAACCCUAGCUCAAUAUGCACGGUCACCUUCCUCAUCCGGUCACUCCGGCCACCGCCGCCGCCUUCUCCGACGCGUUCAUCGCCAAAAAAGGAAAGCGCCGCGGCAGCUACAACUGCGGCCGUUGUGGUCAGCCGAAGAAAGGCCACAUUUGUCACCUUCCGCCACCGCCGCCUGCCGAUUCGACCUCAGCCGCCGUAACUCCGGCGGAUUCGUUAACCUCGUUGACCGAUUCGCCGUUGUGUACUCUUCGUUCGGUUAAACAGAAGCCGUGUUCGAAUCUCCGGCGAGCGUUAACUGUUGCGGAUCUGACGUCAGCUGACGUCACUCCGGCGGAUUCGUCGACUUCAAUUUCUGUUACUGCGGCUGUUGUUACGGUUACGGAUUCGCCGUUGUGUAGUGUUCGUUCGGUUAAGCAGAAGUCGUGUGCGAAUCUCCGGCGAGCGUUGUCGUUUGAUGAUGUGGAGGAGCUGGUGGAUUCGGAUGAUGAUAUAGGCGGUGAGGAGGAAGAGUUGAUUGAUGAGGAGGUUGAUAUCGGAUCUGGUAAGUUGCCGGUGAGUUGUUUAUGGGAGGUGAUGCGCCGGUUGCCGCCGCCGGCGUUGUUGUCUGCGGCGAAGGUGUGUACUGGAUGGAGAGAUGUUAGUAAGCGGUUGUGGAAAGCUGCUGAAGAGCUUAGACUUAGGGUUCCGGCGAAUAUUCAGGUCGGAUAUGUUGGAUCGGUUUUGCAGAAGUGUCCUGCUCUUGUUAGACUCUCACUUACGAUGCAAAGUGAUAUGGAUUCUACUAUGCUGGCUUGCAUUGCGUUUGCCUGUCCGAAUCUCGAAUCUCUGGAGAUUGUUAUGUGUGAAGGCUCGUUCAAUCGUAUUACUGGGGAUGAAUUGGGUCGUUUUGUUGCUGAUAAACGUUGUCUUACAACUCUAAAGAUGGAGGGUUGCUCUAACCUUGGAGCUUUUGUUCUCUGCUCCAACACACUCUCCACUCUUUGGCUUUCAGAUCUUCAUUCACUUUCAAAGAUGGUUUUUAAUCUCCCCAACUUGAACGAAAUAUCUCUCGAUUUCUCUCGUCAAGAGAACGAUAGCACUGAUCUUGCUUCUAUGAUGGAUGGCCUCGGAAGAAGCUGCCCUAAAUUAAACAAUAUUCACAUCGCUUCUCUUCAUCUCUCCCAUUCUGUAGUGCUUUCUCUCACUGCUGCACAAUUAAGGGAAUUGCGUAUGCUAUCACUUGUACUUGGAUCAGAAAUUACCGAUGCAUCAGUUGCAGCAAUUUCUAAAUGCUACUCGAAUCUCGAAUUACUUGACCUCAGUGGGUCUAGCAUAAGUGACAGUGGUUUAGGGAUGAUAUGCAAUGUGUUUCCCGAGACUUUGACAAGGCUACUUGUUGCUCUAUGCCCCAACAUUACAUCAAGUGGUAUCCAAUUUGCCACAGCUCAAUUACCUCUUUUGGAACUCAUUGAUUGUGGGAUGACAAUAUGUGAAGAAAACAGCGACUCAGAAUUACAAACAUCCCCAAACAGCAAGGCGCAUCUUACGUACCAGAAACUGUUUAUAAAACAUGCUCGGUUGAAAAAGCUAAGCCUUUGGGGUUGCUCUAGCCUUGAUUCCUUGUAUUUAAGCUGCCCAAAUCUCAGUGAUCUGAACCUGAACUCCUGUAAAAAUUUAAUUCCAGAAAAAUUAGUACUGCAAUGCCCAAAGGUGGAAAGUGUGCAUGCUGUUGGUUGCCAAGAUGUAUUAAUUCAAGCAGUUCAAACUCAGGUCUCAAGUGGUUAUGCUCCGUUAGAAGACCGUUACUCUCGUAAAAGGAUGGCCGAUGGUUCAAAGAGAGUUGGAAUUCCUUUCUCCUUUAGUCAACAGUUACCGGAUUAUGACAAAAACGGUUGGGAGGCUCGAAAGCGAAGAAGGUGCAUCGUGCAAGUUGAAUGAUGACAUGUAGGUUGCCAAACUAUUUGCUGUAAAACCUUAAACUAUGUGCAGUAGAUUAUUCAUUCAUGGGUGGAUAUGCUUCAUGUUGUUGCAAAAAUGACCUGUUAUGAAGUUAAGACUCAAAAAACUUAUCUGUUACUUGACAUUAUCUUCACAAUAAAAAAGCAACUUUGAUAUCA